GGUGAACAUCGGUCGGUUGAUAUAAGCCACAUCUUUUGGAAAAGACGGAUCGCUCCCCUUGCCUACACGACCCCCGGACCUCCUAAACUCCUGAACACCAAUUUUCUUCACCAGUCUAUUCAUCUAAAUUCAACAUCUUGAUUUUCAAUAACAAUAUUCCGCAACAAUCAUUUAUAGGACAGUGAAAAGUACACAACCCAUCUGGAACGAAGUUGUGUUUCCCACUGACAAACAGAAAAGUAGUUGUGCAUAGUUUCUCCCCCCAGAGGCGUGUUUCCUCCCCUGUGGAGGUCCUCUCCUCCUCCCUAACUUUCUAGAAGAUCUGCUCCCUGGCUAACUAAAGGGUGGUUAGUAAGAUACUACUAGGUAUUAACACCUCCCUUCCGAAGGGGUGGUCAACAUCAAGGUCCUAGUACUGCUAGGUAUUAACGUAUUUAUACUAGUACAACUUGAACAGUUGUACUAGCAAAGUAAAGUGGAAAGAAGAUGCCGUUCAAUAUGGAGGCCCUCGAGGGCAAGCGGGCAGAGAUCCUUGCCGCUUCGCUCGAGAACGCAAACGAGAUGAAAUUCGGUUACUUCGGAUUCACCGCACCACUAGCAGUCGGUGAUAACAGCCAAGCGCCAAGAACGAAGAAGGUACUGUCAUGUUUGUAUUGUUCUUCUAUUUAGAAGGUACAACAACAUGACUGAAUGACCUCACAUCCACUUUGACCUAACGUGGUAAGCGAGGGCACACGACCUGACAUAACUUGGAUUUGCAAGUUGUAAUUAUCAAGCGCCAGUAAAAGCAAGGUAAAAAGUAGAAGAUCUAUCGUUUUCUUUGUUGUGGUAUUUAGCCGUUGUGACGGCAAAGACACUUUUCAUGAAAGCACCAGUAAAAGCAAGGUCUAAAAAGUAAAAGACACUUUCCAUCAGACUUUUGCUUGUUCAAUCCAAAUGACUAUGACAUACUUGUUUUCACUUCUAACAUACACCCUCCUCCAUACAUUCACUCUCUCCAGAUGUCCGAAGAAGAGCUAAUAGAGCGAACUAAGCCGAAUAUAGUAACAAAUCCGGGAAAGAAGGGUAUGACCCUGGACACCAUGUUCGAGUUUAUCCAGCCAAUCUGCAUAGGAGACCCCUAUCAGGUGAGAGCAGGAGCAGUGAAAAGAGACGGUGGAAAACAGUAUGCCGAAGAACCGUUUAGACCACCAGGUACUGAUAAAUCACAGUAUGGUGCAGAUGAAGAUCCUACCCUAUUCUAUCUUUAGACCACCAGGUAAAAAUAUAUAUAAAAAAGAUGUUAUAAUGUUUAGGUUUGGUGGUCCUCAUCCUCGUGCAUGAUCCAGCUAUUUUUAGAAGACCCCUAAUAUGCAUGACACGACAUAACAUGAUCUUCUUGAACAUCAUUAUGACGACUAGUGCUUUUAUCCUCAACAACUUCAACUCCCCUCAACAACUCGCAGGCGCCGUGAAAUUCGGGACAUCAGGUGGGGUAGUAUGGAUGCCAUCGGGAGAGCCGAAAGUGACUAGAAGAGAAAAGGUAGCUGAGAUUUUGUUGCAAUCUUUCAUUCAAAAUUCCUUUUUUAAUUUAGGGUUACGAAUGUCUUCUAAUGUUUGUAACUUCUACCUCCUCCACACGUAACUACCCCCUUCCCACGUAAGUACAACCUUACCCAGGUCGAGCCCGUGUUGCAGCCAAAUAUAAUGACAACGCCAUCGAAGAAAGGUGGUGGCGGUAUAUUAACUCCAGGAGUGCUUUUUGGUUGGGACGAAGAAAGGAGAUUUCCAGAGCAUGUGCCGGAUGAUUAUGAUAUCGCAUCCAAACUCCGAAGAGCAGAAUUGAAAAAAGAACAAGAAAGGACCACGCAUGAACAGGCGUUUAGAGGGUACUUACUACUUAUGUACUUCUACUAUCAGUACUACUAUAUAGAGUAUAGUUAUAAUUCCCAGUAGUGCCCAACCAAGACGAACCUUAUCUGCUUAUGUCUCCUUUAGAAGAAGGUUUAGAGGUUUUUCUAGAUUUUCUCUGUAAUUAUGAGGAUGAUUUUUGCAGAUGACAUUGCAAAUACGUCGUCUCCGAACAUCACAUUUUCUCAGGUGCGGCUACGGAAAUAAGACCUUUGACGGAAAUGAGAUUUAUUUCUGCGAUCAACCUUGGGGACUAUUGCGACCGGAAAAAGAGAUGGCUACGAAAAAGGUAUUGAGUGGAUAGUGUGGAUGGCUACGAAAAAGGUAUCUGUAGAAUAGUUUUUUCGACUAUCUAAGGUGCACAAGGGUAUUGAUUGGAUUUUUCUUCUUCUCUGCAUGCUAAUCUUUAGGAGACACAUCUUCAAUAUGACAGCACUUUUAUUUACAAACUACAGUUCUACUGCAAAUAGUAACACGGACUUAUUUUUAUAAGAAGUGCCUGGCACCAAACCACGAAUCAUAUUACUUCUAUCCUAGCAUUUUCAAGCCAUCAAUCGCUUCCCACUCAGGCGCAACACGAGGCCCCCUUCCGACCACCAGGUGGUAUUAAAGAUGGCCAUGACGCAUAUAUGGGCUACAUUGAUGACGAGGGAGACAGCAAAUCCUUCCCAAAGUGGCGACCAGAUCCGGUACCAGCGCCACGUAAAAGGCAACCCGCAGGCGAGGAGAAGGAGAAGGAACCUUGGAAGGUAUCUAUAGGUCUAGAAGUGUUUUGUUUUUGCUACGAUCGGGCUCAGGUUCUUAGUCGAACACAGCCUCUAAAGAAGACGAACAAUUGACUAGGAACUGACUACUGCUGAUGUCUAUACGUUGAUACAGUAAGUGACGAUCGAUCCCCACCAUCUUUUCCCCACCAUGUCAAUACUACCAACAGGUUGGAGCGCCAGUGAUAGUGGACACGCCGACACCACCAGUGCAAAUGAUAGCUAGGAAUUUGCGCGCAGAGUUUCCGAAGAGCUUUGCAAGACCGCAACUCUAGUAAAGCUGGAAGGCCGAAUCGCUAGGAUCACUGCAACUAGUGUUAGAUAGAUCAUUUAUAGCUGCAAUAAGCUUAGAAAUUGACGACGAAUUGCGACGAAUAGUUACUAACAAUUACCGUACUCUUAAGAAUUCACCGUAUUGAGAAUAUAGUUGAGAAUACCAUUACAUCAUGUGUCUGAAAGAAGUACGAGAGGAACUGGCAGUUAUAAGUGUUGUUUCAAGUUCUUCUUGCUGAUUUGAGAAUAUAGUGAAAAUUGAAUACGUCCGGGUCCGAUAAUCGUAAGCGCAAGUAUUUGUGUUUGUCCGAUAAUCGUUGAAGUAGUAUUUGUCUAACCGAUGAUUUAUGUCUAACCGAUGGUGUAAGUGCUGCAAAUGAACAAUCAGUGAGGAAUAAUGAACUUAUUGGUCUAGUUGUGUAAGGAUCAGUAAUCAUAGGUAGUAUAUCUUCAAAAAUAAACUGUACAUAUAAUUUCCUCUGGUGUUGUAAAAAUUCAGUGUUUCUUUGUUGUACAUAAGCAUGAAUGAUCUUGCAAUAGUACUACUAGGGACUAUAAUUAUUAUUCUGUUUUUUAUUAUGGCAUCAAUAAGUACUAGAAAUCAAUACACACAGAAAAGACCCGCUUCAACGUUGGUGCUAGAAUCACUGAAGAACCUACAAGACUCAAGUCCUAACUACUGGAAGACGCCUUCAUCUUUGAAAUCUGAAAUCUACUGCAAGACGUCGUCUUUGAUAGGACGAGAGUGUAUUAA